CGUCUAUGGUUCGAGGGUGUUUGCCAGGCCAAGGGAAGUCUACAAUUUCACUUCUAUAUCAAGGAAAAAUGUGGCGGUUAUCAGGGAAUAUUUCGAGAACAAUACGAGCAUGUACUUGUCGGACACCUAAUCCAGUGAGCCAUAAGGCUGGAGGAAAAUGCAGUUAUUGCUCCAAGCCGAGCUCAACCCCUCCUGAAGCUCCAAAAUCAGCGCCGCCUCCCCCACCACCUCCUCCUCCUCCUCCUCGUGUUCAAAAGAAGUCUGGUAGUGCAGGGAAGGUCAUCAUGGGUGGUUUGUUGGUAGGAGUAGGAGCAACCGUGGGUACAUUAGCCUACGCUAAAGCUAACCCUGAGUUCAGGAAGCAGGUAGAAGGCAACUGGCCCAUGCUCCUAGAUGUCUUCCCUUAUUUCUUAGACGAGGAUGCGGCAGGAGACACCAAGAAGUCCAAAGCAGAUUCUAUGUCUCUUGGUGGAGGGAAGAAACCGUUAAUACCAAUCAGCUCACCAAAUACUGUUACUCCAACCGGUGAGACACAUGCAGUAAUUUCACAAUCACCAUCUGUGCAAGCCACAAGAGAGCCAGCAGUACAGCCUAAAGCUCGUGUUGCUCCCAAGGCUUCCCUUGAGCUGGAGGCUACUCUCAAGAAAGAGGAGGAGGCUAGAAGGAGCCAGGAGCUACAUGAGAAGCUUCUAGAACAAGAGAUUGACGAAGCCGCUAGUCUUGCAGCAUAUGAAGCCAUUGUAGAGAGCUGUGUAUCAGACAGCGUAGAAGCCACAAGGAUUGCCAUGGGAUCAAAGAAAGAAGCGGUAGAAGCUACUAAACAACAUACAGAUAAACUCAAGCUUGCUAUGGGUGAUCUCGAGGAGGAGAAUGGUGAAUUGAAAAAGAAGCAGUGGGAUGAGGUGGUAGUAGCAGCAGAAAACAAACUGAAGGCAGUGACACAAGCUAGUAAAGGAGAAGCAGCUGCAAGAGAAGCAUUGGCCAAACUGAAGGCAGUCCUAGAAGAAGCCAACCGGACCAAGACCUCGGCAGGACAAAGCUCUAAUCUCAUAGGAGCUCAGGCUAAUCUGAAUCAGAUGGUCUAUGACCUGGAGUUUGCCACCGCAGAGGUUGUGGUAGCCCAGAAUGAAGCGCGUAUUCUGAAGAACUACCAUGAACUGAUUCAGGAGGGUAGGGAAAGCUUCAAGAAGGAAGUUCAAAGCUUGAUGCCAGAGGCUAAAAUUGGCAAAAAGGGUAAGAAGCUAACAGAGGAAGAGCUGAAUGCCUUGAUAGCCCAUGCCCAUCGUAGAGUAUACCAGCUACAAAAGGGGCUUGCUGAGCAACAAGCCAUGGAACAGAAGAGAUUAGCUGCUGCUAUGGAGGUACAGAAAGAGGAAGAUGAAGGGGUCACCAAGUCAAAGGUCAUGGUGGAGCUUGAGAGACAGGCAGCUGACCUGGCUGUACUCUACCAGAGGAAGCAAGAAGACUUGUUGGCUGAAGCCGAACAGGAGCUAAGGCUUCAGCUGAGACGUCAAGCUGCAGCUCACAGUGACCACCUCUCAGACGUACUCCAGCAACAGCGGCAGGAGUUUGAUCGUCAGCUUUCCGUACAGGACGUUCUGGUGAGGGAUCAAGAGAGGGAUAACUACUAUAAGCAACUCUCUGGUGCUAUGGCUAAACUCAGGGGCGUCGAAGCUGCAGUAGAAGGGAGAGCAGGACUGGAGGUACAGAAUCAGAAAGCGCAGGAACUCUGGUUAGCUUGUGAAACUCUCAAGAGAACAAUUGCUACAGGUAAGCUAGAGGCAUCCUCAUGGGAGGAGAAGCUCAAACCCUUAGCCAGUGAGGUCCAAGCAAUCAAAGAAGCAUCCGUUAGCAACGACUUUGUGGAUACGGUUGUCAAGACGAUACCAGAGGAGGCUCUUACAAGGGGAGUGUUCACUGAAGACUCCCUACGUCAACGAUGGGACCAAACCCAGCGGGUCUGCAAACGAGUCGCCAUGAUCGAUGAGACCAGUAGUGGCAUGUUUGCAUACUUCCUCUCCUACUUCCAGUCCCUCCUCCUCCUCAACGACCCCCUUCCACCAAACUCGGAAGAAGCCAUCGACCUCUCCACCCUCGAUACCUUCAAGCUUGUAUCGUACGCCUCGUAUCACAUGGAGAACGGCAACCUAGAGCAAGCCUUGAGGUAUGCAAAUCAGCUGACGGGUAUGCCCAGGAAGGUGGCCUCUGAUUGGCUGAGAGAAGCACGGUUGCUAUUGGAAACCAGUCAAGCAGCAUCAGUCCUCUCAUCACAUGCGUCUGCUUCGGGAUUGGGAGGGUUGCACUUCCAGUGAAAGAGAUUCUAAAUUCAUAUUAUCUAGAUAGCAUGUUGAAUCGUCUGUUUGGGGCCAGAAGGGCUUAAAGAGAUUUAGCGACCUUCUGGCUCUGAACAGAUGAAAUAUAAUAUAAAUUCAAUUUCAUUCAUUAUGUGGAUUAUGCCAGCCACUUAUAUUACAUCACAAAUAUAUCACAAUGGUGAAUGGGAUAUCAAUAUAUCUGUAAAGCACCGAGUGACAUCAUAGAUGUAUUAGGCACAAUGUAAAUCCAAAAUAUGAUAAUCAAAGUAAGCAAGAUGGUUGUAAUGGUCAUAAAAUGACAUUCAACCUUAUACAGUUGCAAUGUUAAUGUAGUAAUACAUAUAACUUCAACUUGCCCCCCCCCCCCCCCCACCCUAAUCCUUGAAUGUUUGUGAAUUAUUGCACUUUGUACAGUGUUUGUAAGGCAUAAAUAGAACGGAUCCAAUCAGAUAUGCUCCAUCGCUAUGAUAUAGCUUGAUGUACAUAGCUUGCUAAAAAGACACGCCUGUCCUGAAGAAUGAUCUGCACUAAUUUUUGUAAACAAAGAGUUUUUUAAACGCUCAUUCACAUUUGGUAAUUGCAAUUCAGAAUGUUUGUGCUGGAUAUGUGUGAUAUCAUGCAUGGUGUUUAUUAUUUCAUUUUGAAGGAUUUGUUUUUAUCAGUAAUUCAGAUUUGGAGUUGUUUUCUUUUAUAAUUUAUAUCAUCCUUUGUCCUUUGUUAUAUUUUUCAUUCUUUGAAAGUUGAAGGAGAGGAAAUUAUAAAUUGUGAUUGUGUAGAUUCUACACAAGCCUUUACAAGACAGUUCUGAGGUAUUCAUUAGAUUUUGUGCUCACAUUUGUUUACACUCUGAUUAUUCAUGCUCACGAUAUCACCUGCUUGGAGCGAAAAGGCCGGCCUUGAUUGAUUUAAAGGAUUUCUGUCUGGCUCUCGACAGAUGAUGGUGGAAUGCUACACUAAUUCAAAUGUGGUUGUAUCAUCAUUUGUUCUUGGGUUUUAGGGAAGACUCGUCUCCAAGACUUCUGAAGAGACCCAACACAAGGCCAUGAAUAGAAAGAAGAAGAAAAAAUUAUUACUUAAAAUGGCCAAGAUUUUGUGUUGUAACCGGGGCAUGACUUUAUGCUUUGGUUUCCCUUGGCGGGGCUCUUCACCAACUUUCAUCAUUGAGGGUCUGGAUUGAAAACUAUAGGGGCUUUUAUGCAUGAGCAAUAUGCUAAAAUAUUGAAAUGUUGUGGGCUUCUAAGUUGAUUUUGAUUAAAAAGGUGUCCUAGCCACCUGUUUUUUUCAACUAUAUUUUUUGCCAUGACGCCAUUGUGUGUGACUGCAUGUAGACACGAAUGGCAGACGGCUAAAUGGUCUUGAAUUCCAUAGAAUUGAAAUGGCUCCAUUGGACAAUGCUCCGAAAACUCUGUGAGCAUUUUUGUAAGGCAGUCCAGAUGUGUAUUGUCUCUGAGAGAAAUAAAAAAAUUAUGUCAAAAUA